AUGGACAAAUUAAUAUGGUUGCGAGAUAAUACUGCUGACAUAUUAAGUCUCGACCGAACAAUCACAAUUCCAAAUAAUCGUCUCAGUAUCGUAUCAUCAUCAUAUGGAAAUGAUGAUUAUGAUCGAACAUUGAGAAUAAAAAAUGUUGAAGAAAAAGACAGUGGAUUAUAUCGAUGUGUUCAAGGAGAUGUGACAAUAGCAGAAGUUUUGCUUGAAAUUCUUGUACCACCAAGAAUUAUAUCUCAUUAUCCAAGUCAAGGGCGUUUAACAGUAAAAGAGGGACAUAAUGCAAAAUUUUCAUGUAGUGCUAGUGGUCAACCAAUACCAAAAAUUAUAUGGGAAAUCAAUGGUUUAUCGAGACCGGCAACUAGGAUUGAUAAUGAAAGUAGUAUAUUUAUACUUCAUAAUGCAUCAAGAACAGAUAGUGGACGAGUAGAAUGUAUUGCCGGUAAUGAAUUAAGUAAAGUUAGUCGACAAUUUCUUCUUAAUGUCAAAUAUAAACCAACAGUGACUGUUCCAUCAAUGAUACCCUUAUAUAUUCGUUUAUAUGAAACAACUAUACUUUCCUGUAUCGCUUGUUCAAAUCCACCACCAAAAAUUGAUAUAUACAAACAAAUGGGAUAUCUUAAUGCUAAAGAAAAAAUUGAAUCAAAAUUGAAUGAUACAUGUUCUCAAUUAACGAUCACAAUUUCUAUGAAAGAUUCAACACUAUUUGGUCUUUAUGUUUGUAGAUCUGACAACAGUGUGGGAAACGCUCAAACAGAAUUCUUCAUUAAAGAAGAAUUUGUAUCAACCAAACAACCGUUUGUAUCACAAGUAAAACGAAAUACUGAACGUACAUAUUUAGCUGUUGUUACAGAAUCUUCUAAACGUAACAUUGGUUUAAUAUUCAAAUCGAAUACAGCUGCUCAUAAUUGUCAUAUACGUCAUACAAUACAUUAUAAAAGUUCUAUACUACCAUUAUUAAUAAUUACUUAUUAUUUGUUACAAUUACAUUCAAAAUUUGUUUAG